AUGGACUUGAAGAAGCUCCAGGCCGUUGCCGGCGCAGCCCGGUCAGGGAAGGGCGGGGUCCGGAGGUCGCAGAAGAAGGUCCAUAAGACGGCGGGCGCGGACGACAAGCGCCUACAAUCCACGCUGAAGCGCAUGGGCGUCAAUGUCAUCCCUGGCAUCGAGGAGGUCAACAUCUUCCAGUCGGAGAGCGUCAUCCAGUUCAAGAACCCGAAGGUCCAGGCCUCGAUCGCAGCGAACACGUACGUGGUGUCGGGGACGCCGGUGACGCGGUCGCUGGCCGACAUGAUCCCGCAGCUGCUGCAGCAGGGCGCUGGCGGCAACGCCAUGCAGAUGCAGGCGCUGCAGGAGAUGCUGGCGUCGUUCCAGAAGGGCGGCGCUGCGGGCGGCGCGGGGGCCUCGGGGGUGGUGGAUGACGACGACGACGACGUGCCGGACCUCGUCGACAACUUCGAGGAGGCCACGCAGGGCUGA